GGACUGGCCGAGUUCUGGCUGGGGACCCUCAGUAGGGCUAGCUGAGGGGCCGUGGCGGAGUUAGGGGGGAGAAGGGAGGAAUGGGAGCUCUGCUGCUCCCGGGCCGAAGCCUCGGCUGUGCUGACGUGGCCGGCCAUCCUCAAAGGGGAGGGCUUCAAAGGAGACCGAGCGCUGGGAAGGGGCCUGGAACACUUCUCGUCCCCAUUUUACAGACGAGGAAACUGAGGUUCAGAGACCGGAAGUGAAACCCCCUACCCCCACCUCACGGUGCCACACAGAGCCAGAGUCCGGAUUCGAACCCAGCAUUCUGCUCAGUGCUGCCUUAUCAUAGAUUGAGUGAUUGAAUGAGGCAUUACCUCGGGAGUAAAGGUGUUAGUGGGAGAACUGACCGUUAUUGGCACACUAUUGAGGAAUAUGGGCUAUCCUUUGAGGACUUCCGCGGGAACUGAACAUGAUUUGUGUUCAUUGGAGAACACUGUGGUGGGCACAGGCACUUCAUUGGCCCUCUCUUCGCUCCUGUCCCUGCUGCUUUUCGCAGGGAUGCAGAUGUACAGCCGGCAGCUGGCUUCCACUGAGUGGCUCACUAUUCAAGGGGGACUGCUGGGCUCAGCACUCUUUGUCUUCUCCCUCACCGCCUUCAACAAUUUAGAGAAUCUGGUCUUUGGUAAAGGGUUCCAGGCCAAGAUCUUCCCAGAGAUUCUCAUCUGCCUCUUAUUGGCUCUCUUUGCCUCUGGCCUCAUCCACCGUGUCUGUGUGACCACCUGCUUCAUCUUCUCCAUGGUUGGUCUUUACUACAUCAACAAAAUCUCCUCAGCUUUGUAUCAGGCAACUGCACCAGUCAUUGCCCCGGUCAAGGUUACAGGCAAAAGCAAGAAGAGGAACUGACCCCGGAAUGACCAAUAAAGCUGAAUCUUUUAUAACCUA